CAUUAAUUAUUAAUUUGUUUUUGUUUAAACAAAACUUAAAAGUUUUACGAAUAAUGAUUUAUCUGCGACUGUGUUUUUUAAAUACUAUUUUCAAUUAGUAGCUCUUCGCGAUUAAACUCAAAAUAUUUAACAUGUUUCAAUGCGUUCACAUGUAUCGAUAGAAAAUAGUAAGUUGACAUGUAGAAAAAAAACCAUCCAGUAAGUAACCAUCAUAAUAUGAAUAUUUAGCAGUGCUUUGAGGCUAACGGGUGUUAACAAUUACGGAUUUGAAAAACUUGUAAACGCCGGCGUUAUUGUUCAACACGGAAAUGGAAAAACAAAUGGUUUACUAUGAAAUUAUUUAAUUAAUAAAAACCGAUGAAGACAAUAUUAUUUUUCCCUUGAACUCAUGUAAAACAACUUCAUACAUCGAAGAAAUGCCUGAAACGUAUAAUUGUGAACACUGCGAAAAACAUUUUACAAAUCGACGACAUUAUGAAUUGCACGUUAACGGACAUUUGAGAAAUAGCUGUCAACUGUGUGGCUUACCGUGCAAUAGCCGCAAAGUGUUAUCGUCGCAUAUGGUCACAGUUCACGGAUGUAAAUUGAACUCUGAAUCGUUAGGCUGUAAAUUCUGUCCGAAGACGUUUGUUCAAAAACGUUCUUUACAUUCUCACUACAAGUCUGCUCACAAAGACAAAGACGGCGUUUGCGUUGAUUGUGGACAGUUGUUUAACAGCGGCCAAGAAGUUGCGGAACACAGAGCCAAAGCAAAGCACGGGGCCAGUUUUGUAUGCUAUAAAUGUGGAGAAACGUUUACGCGUAGUCAACAAUAUAAAUUACAUUUACAAAGACACGAUACAUACAGUUGUGUCAACUGUAACGCUUACUUUGCAAAUUUCAAAAAACUAAAUGCACAUUUAAAACAGUGUAUAUAUUUAUCGAGCGAUAUACUGAAACCUCCAAAUCACAUAAAAACCAAGGAAACUUCUAACGGCGUUGUAUAUGAAUGCAAAAAAUGCCAAAAGACAUUCAAGAAGAAAAAGUACUACAGACGUCAUAUAAAAACAACGGCUCAUCUUAGCGUUGAUCAAAACGAUGUGUUCUAUUGUGCACAUUGUUCGAAAAUAUUUUACUACAAACGUAAUUUAUUGCAUCACUUGAAUAGCGUGCACUUCAAACCACACAACUCGUACACUUGCGAGGUAUGCGGCAAACGUUUCCGAUACAGAAAUAACUACAAGCGCCACAAAGACUCGCAUUUGCAAAUUAGAGAUUACGUGUGCGAAACCUGCGGUGCGUGUUUCUAUCGAAAGGGCGCGUUAGACGAUCAUCGGACGGCGAUUCACAGCGACGAAAAAAAUUUCGUUUGCAAUCUAUGCGGUAGUAAUUUCAAGUUAAAGUCGAUUUUGGUCAGACACAUGAGACAACACGCCGAAACGAAACGACACGAGUGCCACUGUAAAAGGGUGUAUAAAUUUGCUAGUAAUUUGCUGCGUCAUCAAGUUAUCGCACACAAUCAAAUGAACAACAGGUGCAGUAAGGUGAAGAGAUUAGUGCAAGACGAUUGUCGACAAUCACCGUUGAUGGUCAUGCAAGAAGAAAAGAAAAUGGCCAAUUUUAAACGAGAGAACAUUGGCGAUUUCGGUAUCGAAGACAAUGACGUGCAAUAUUCAAUGAUCGGGUAUUCCGAUAAUCUGGACUUGAGUAAUGCGGACAUUGCGGAAAAAGUGUUGCGAGUCGCUUCGUCUUCGGACUAUAAAAUCGAAUGCGAAGAAAAUUCCUGUUACCCCGGAAUUCAUCCCCCCAUCGAAACGUCACUAGUGUGCAGCUUAAACGAUAGUGCGGAUUUAUCGUCUAACUCUUCGCAACAAUACGUUCUGUCCGAUUAUGUGGUUCCUCAUCAGUUCCCGUUUCUUAAUAUUUAAUAAAAACCAAAGUAAUUAUGUUUAUAACUGUUAAUUACGAACAAUACGACAUUUUUUAUACUUGGAUUUAAUUUUAUAUUACCGGUAAUUAUAUGUAACAAAAUCCGGCAAAUGUUCCUAAAUUAUGUUCUGUACAACAUUUUAUUGUUUGUUAAAUUUUAAACGUCAGACAAGUACACUUUCAUACUGUUUGACGCGUAUGUUAAAUAUCAAUGUUUUGUUUGAUUGAAUAUUAUUAUUAUUAUUAUGUUCAGAUAAGUUAUCUCGGUGUCUAAUGUUGUUGAUUUCCUACAUCAGCACUUUAGCCACUGCCAUGUUUAACAAUAGGAUUGCUUAUCUGUGUAUAAUAAAAUCGAAAUCAAUGUGUAUUCAAAUAAUUCCAUUUUUAGUUAGUAACAUUUUAGUUUUCAUUGAUUCAAUUUAUGUAAAAUUAUCUCAAUCAAUUUAUGGUUAUAAUUUUCAUAAUAUUAACAGUAAAUUUUCAAGAACUAGAAAAAAAUGAACUCGAUUUUUGUUCAAGUGUUUGUAAAUAAACAAAAAAAAUACAGUAUUUAUAGUUUUAGUUAAUUUUUGUAACUUUUGAAUAAAAAAUCUUCA